AUGUUUAAGAGUGGAAAAAACAAGAGCAAAGACUCUGGGGGCAACAAGUCCCAGUUCUAUGUGGAGUUUCUGGGCUGGAUGGAGUGUCGAGGUCUGAGAGGCUACGGGUAUACAGAGCCGAUCAUUCGUGAGCUCCGGCGACGCCACCGCAAGAUGGAUUCUGCACCCAAGCUAACGAUUCAGGUUAGCAAAAAGGACAUAAAAAUAACACAAGAACUGGAAGAAAGAAGAAAUAAAGGGAUUAAAAAGAUUACUUUUCCGACUAUACCAUCCAGGGAUGUGACGUUUGUGCACCAGGCAAGCCAACCAGACACUGGAGCACCAGAUGACAUAGUUGCCUGUAUUUUCCUUGGUUAUAUGCCCAGGACUCAGAGAUAUGUUCACGUCCAUGUUUAUCGAUUCGAUGAGGCUCGAACAGCCACUCUCUUCGUCAGCCAGAUGUCCCAGAUUGUAGAAAGCAACAUGGACCAUAUCCAAGAGGCAGAAUUGAAACUUGCCAGCAAAGGGGAAAUCGAUGAUCCAAAAUAUGUGCCGCCUGCGAACACGAUCCAGUUCCAUGCAAAUGAUUCGGCUGUUGGCUCUACGGCGAGUACCUACAGCAAUGACGAAUCACCAACGUUCGGGAGUGAUGAGAUUGAAGAGGAUCUUCAGAGUUUGGCUGAUGUGCAGCCGUUUGAUAGUGUAGCCAGCGAGUUGAAGCAUCGCCUUCACAUGGGGGAUGCUCCAUUGUUGCUGCCACCAAAAGAUUAUGACACAAUCAGUAGAGCUCAUGGGAAUUUGGAACACAUCAACGCACGACGAUGCAUGAAUCUAAACAUCAUUGGUUCUAGUGCCUUUAAAGGUGACGCAGAUGACAUCAAUGAACCAUCAUCUUCAGAAAUUGAUGCUGCAAAGGAGUAUGAACGAGGCAAGGUUGAGAACUUACCUGUGACAAAGCUGAAAUCUCCAGACAACCGACCAUCGCCCAAUUCCUCCCCAAAGCUGCAGCAUAUGUUUCUGGCUCCCAAUGACACCCAGAAAUCACCACGAGUAGCUCACAGACCAACGAAUCUCCUCGAAUCCAAUCAAUCUCCUAACAUGCCAUUUAAGCUCAGAUAUCCAGAGAUGUCCUCACCUGUGAAUGACUUGUAUCCCUCAAAGAAAUCGCCACUACUUGCGUCACCAGUAAGUGACUCGGUAUAUCCACCAAAAGGAAUGAACUCUCCGAAAAGCCCUCGUAUUUUUCAUGCAGCUCCGAAGAGUGAUCUUUCUAGACAGAACUCUGCAAACUCCCUCAGUAGCGAGGGAUCCAAACAGAGCCAUCGCUCAGACGACGGCCGUUUGACGCCACAGAUACCACGCUACGUAUACGGUAGUAAUGAUGACGUAUAUUCAAUGCCAUUCAAAGUCACCAAGCAGGCUCCUCCUAUGGACGAAUGUCCUCCAGACUAUCAAGACGACGACGCUGCAUAUCAUCCGGUAUCUACCCAACCCUACGGGGAAUCAUACCUUACUCGCAGCUUGCCAGAAGAACUCAUCAGAAACAAGAUGCACACGGGUAACGGAUCUAGACCUAACAGCGGAGAGCUGCGGCAUGGAGGCCGUCUGGCUUCACCAAUAGUUAUGACAAGUCCUCAGACUCAAAUGAGAUCACCUGGAAUUCAUAGAAAAGGUCCGAAUAAUAGAUAG